ACGUGAUGACGUAGAGCGAGGGAAAUCCAAAACAGCACACGUCCUCUCCGCUCGACCGUUGCUGAAAAGUAAAAAGAAGUGAAGUUGAGCUAUAACCAUAGACUGUAUAAAAGAACAGCGAUUAAAAAAAUGCAGAGGGCUUCCCGUUUGAAGCGUGAACUUCAGAUGCUGAGCACCGAGCCACCUCCCGGGAUAACAUGCUGGCAGACCGAGGAGCAGAUAGACGACCUCCGGGCACAGAUAGUAGGCGGAACAGAAACUCCAUAUGAAGGUGGACUCUUCACCCUGGAAAUCAAGGUCCCAGAGAGGUACCCAUUUGAGCCUCCCAAAAUGCGAUUCUUGACCCCCAUCUACCACCCAAACAUUGACAGUUCAGGGCGUAUCUGCCAUGAUGCCCUCAAACUCCCCCCAAAGGGUGCCUGGAAGCCAUCCCUAAACAUCUCCACAGUCCUCACCUCCAUUCAGCUGCUCAUGGCUGAACCCAAUCCAGAUGACCCUCUCAUGGCUGAUAUAUCAUCAGAGUUCAAACACAACAAACAGCUGUUCAUGGAGAAGGCCAGGAAGUGGACACAAGAACAUGCUGUUCAAAAGAACAUGGGAGUCGUGGAGGGCAACAAAGAAAAUACUCCUGAUCAGAAAGCUUCAUCCCGCAAACGAGAGGCUUUCAGUGUUCGGCAGGAGGCAGAGGAGCCGGCAAAGAAAACCUGUGCUUAGUUUCCAUCUUGCUUGUUCGAGCCACCAUGCCUUAUACACCUAUCGUCUUGUACAGAGUAUUUUAAAUGCAUUUAGUGCUAAUACCUACUUCUGUUUAAUAUGUACGCAUUCAUCUUCUUAAUCCAGAAAUACCCACAUAUUUAUCUGUAUAAUUUUUACAUUUGUGUUGUGAUAUUAAAGUUUAUUUUGAACACUAA